UCCCAUUGUGAUCCCAAUCACCUGCUCCAUUAUGAUGUAGGCCUUCUCCCCUCCCCACUAGGGAAGUCGGCUUCCUAGUAUGUAGGGGCCAUGGGGCCCAGGUAGUCCUAGGACCCCAGGUCAUGGGUGAACAAGUCUACCACAGAGCCCAACCAUGCUCUGGCACCAACCUCAGGAGAUGCCAGGAUUUAGGAGAUUCAAUUCUGCUGAUUCUGGGCAGCUUCAUCUUGCUCAACGUGGGAAUCAAUGUGGUGACUCUGCUCUGGAAGCAUCUGAAGAACUCACUGCGCAUUCUUUUCCAUCACUUUUUCCCCAAAGACAAACUACCCGCUGGUCUGAGCAGCCGCACCGUGUACAUGCGCUGCAUCGCGGACUCCAAGAACCUGUACUCGAGGAUGUCUUCCCGAUUUCACCGCCCCGGCUUCCUCCUGGGGCAUCUCAGUCACUUUGACUCCUGGAUACCAGACACAAAUGACGAGAACGUUUCUAGGUGCUGCUGGAUGCCCCCCAAAUGUGGUCAUGGCAGAGCUCCUACAGAGGCUUCGUGGGAACUGUGGAAAGAGGAACUGAUGGGAGCUGGGGAAGCCCCUCAGGCCACAGUCAUGAAGACUCAGGCGUCUUUAUUUUUCAGGCCAGAGGUUUCUCCCCAGAUUCCAAAGAUAUGCCGGCUGAACACGAACAUGGUUCCACCUUCCUCACCCCAGAACAAGACUAAGCCAGAUGACAGUCCACCCCACGCUCUGGCCCAGGCUCUAACCUCUUCCUCAACCAACUCUCAACACCUCCCCUCCACUCAGUCCCAGACUCAGCCUUCAGAACCCACUCAGUUAAGGGCACAGGGCCUUGACUAUAUCUCAGCCCAAACCCCACCAGCCCACGUGCCAGAUUUUACCUCAGCUCCUAUCCCAGCCCUCAGUGAAGGCCCAAUACCAGCCAAGGAUUUACCCCCAACCCCCACCCUGUCCUAUCCCCCAGUCCAGGCCCCAACCCACAGUCAAACCCAUACCUUCGAUCAGGCCCAGUCUCAGAGCCAGCCCGCUCUCACACUCCAGGGGCCAGCCCACAACCCUGAGCAAACCUCAGCCCACACAUCCCCUCAACUCCCAAUCCAGGCUCCUGCACAUACUUCCUUCCAAUCCCAAGGCCACGACCCAGUCCAAAUCCUAGCACACACCUUGACCCACCCCCACGCUGACAAACCUGAGCAAACAUCUCCAGCCUCAGCGCAUGGGCCAUCCCAUUCCCUACUUCCCUCGUGUGCCCACACCCCAGUGCCUAGCCCAACCUCUGCCCCGGCCCCUUGUGGCCGGGCCCCUGUCCCAGCCUGUGCCCCACCUCCUGCUCUAGCACUGUCCAUGACUCUGACAACUACCCACGCCUCUGCUCAAGUCCCUGUCACCACCUCUACCCCUACCCUACCUCCCGUUCCUUCUAGGCUGACUUCCUUUUACCCCCACCUCUCUACUGGCCAUACGGUUUAUGAUGCUCGCCAAGUCAAGCAGAACGUCUCCUGUAAGCACAGCUCCCAAAACUCGAGGUGUCUCAGGAAGAACUUGAACAUCUUCUCCAGGCCCCAAGAAGUGAAGGGUCUGGUAAAUUCUGGCAUUGCUGAACAAGCACAAAAGCAGCCUGGGGAAGACAGUGCUGGGCCUCCCGCCGGCUCUAUACUUGGUUAUGUGGAGUUGGGGAACAUGGAAUGGAAGCUCUCAGAUAAUGCCAAAGAUAAGUUCUCCCAGCCCAAGACCUUCCCUUUCUGCAGCUUUCAUCCUUGCUGUUCUGAGAGCCAAGACAGAGACUCCCAGGCGCCAGUCUACCCCAAGUUCCUGGUCUACACACAGGAUGCCACUCCUUCUAAACCUUGCUUUCAUUCUCCAAGCACUGCUCAGUACAAACUGUCCCCCACCCCGCCAUGUACUCUUGCUCUGCCCCUUGUUUCUCCCAGAACCUUUGUGGUUCCUCAAUUUACCCUACAGAAGCCCUCCAACUUAGCACAAACCCCUACCUUUCUCUCAACCUCCAAGUCUCCUCAGGCUGUCACCUCUGCUCACUUCUCUAUCCCUCCUCAGUUCUCCACUAUUUUUCAAACCUUAGCCCAACCCCUAAACUCUGAGAAUCAAAACUUUAACAAAGACUUUGGCCUUCAAACAACCCCAUCCCUUGUCAACGAUUCUGGAGUUCCCAGGAACCCAAGCCUUACCCAAGAUCCAGGACUCCAGAAGAACCCAAGCCUUACCCAAGUUCUAGGAUUCCAAAAUAACUCAAACCUUGCCCCAAAUCCAGAACACCAGAAGAACCCAGGCCUUGCCUCAAAUCCAGGAAUCCAGAACAACCCAGGUCUUUCCCUAAAUUCAGGACUCCAGAAGAACCCAGACCUUUUCCUAAAUCCAAGAAUCCAGAAGAACCUAGUCUUUGCCCAAAAUGCAGAACACCAGAACCCAGACCUUGCCCCAAAUCCAUGCCUCCACAAGAACUCAGAUUACUACAAACUUCCAGGCUGUGUUCAAGAGUCUUACCUCUGCAUGAAUCCAAGCAUUUCCCAAGACGCUUGCCUUCAAAAGAAUCUAGCUGUCACUCAAGAUUCCGGCCUAAGGAGUUCAGAUGCUGGUGUUCUUAGGAACUUAGAUUUCCUGCAGCCUUCCAACCUCCACAGGAAUAUAAUAUUCAAUCAUACAUCUGGUCAGAGGACUUUGAGCUUUACGCAAGACUCUGUCAUCUACAGGAAUGUUGCAUUAAACCAAGACACUGUAACCAACAAAAAUAAAGGUGUCUCCCUAGUAACCGACCAGAAGAGGCCAGACCCCCUUCAAGAUUCUGGAGGUAACAAUGGUUUAGGAAAUGUACAAUAUCCAGGAGUCUGCAGGAAUGUAAGCCUGAUUCAAGACACUAGACCACAGAAGAUCCCGAGUCAUACCCAAGACCCUGAAAUUGAUAAAAACUCUGGACUUACCCAAGAAUCUAGUUCCCCCAAGAGCCCAGGUCUUGUCCAAACCUCUUGCCUCCAUAAGAGCUCGGGUCUUACACAAGACUCAGGAGACUACAAGAUCCUUACCCAAGAUCCUGGAAUCUACAGAGUCCCAGUUCUAAACCAAGACACUGACUCCCACAACACUCUCGGCCUAAUCAAUGUCACCACAGCAGCAAAACGAUCAGACCUUAACCAAGUUGUUGGCAUCUACAGUUCAGAACACGACCAAGGUACUAACCUUCAGGAGUACCCAGCAAUUGAUCAAGAUUCUGGCUGUCAGCAAGACCCAGUACUUGGCCAAGGCUCUGACUUCAAGACUCCAGGCCUUAUCCAGAAAGCUGGCCUCUGUAAGGACUCAGGCCUUAUCCCAGACUCUGGCCUCAACAAAAAAACAAGCUUUGCUCCAGGUACUGAUUCUGCCCAAGUCUUAGGCCCAUUUCAAACACUAAAACAGACAUCUUCCCUAGUGAAAUCCCUUGUAGAUAAGGUGACUUCUCAGAAGGACAAUACAGAACAGCAUGUGUCCUGCACUUCUGUCCCAGUCAACCAAAGCUCCUGCCCUUCCAAGGACCAAGUGCUCUCCCCUGACCUGAAAACGUUUGCAGAGGUACCUGUCCUGAUUGAGCUACAGCCUCCCUCCCAACAGUUAGACAGCCAAGACUGGGUAUACCACACUGUAGACACAGCUGUUUCGACCUGCCAGAAGUAUCGCCAGAUGUCUGUACCUCCCCAAUUCAGCCGGAAGUCCCAUUGCUCUGGACCAGGCACCAGGACAGGUCAUGUGGUCUUUGAUGCCUGCCAGACAGUAACUAACAGGGAAAAGUGUGAAGCUCUGUCUCCCAGGUGCCCUCGUCCAGAAGUACCCAAAGACUCAGAGGCGACCCAGAAGGAAUGGGGAUAUCAAAAUGUGAUGAGGACCUUGGACAAAGAGGGGGCAAAUAUGCAUCAGAAAUAAAGAGGCAAGAAAAGCA